AUGCUUUCCGAGCUGCCUGUGGAGAUGGUGAGUGUGGAGGAGCUGCCUGGGUUGAUUGUGCGUGCGCGCUCGUCGGAGGUGGAUCUGAGAAAGAUUUAUGUUGUCCAUGCGAAACCGGAGGAUUAUCUGUUUACGCUUGAGGGAGGCAAGUAUGAGAGGGAGAGGUAUUAUAGGUCGCCUGCGUCGUAUAAAUCUGUGUUUUUUGAACGGGUCGCACCCUAUUUAACGCUACUCCUGAACGGCGCCGGCUGGGCACCGGGCUUCCCACGGCUAAUGGAAACGAAGCAGCUUGCGGUGGCGCUGAACACGGCGCAGUAUAUUGGUGGAGCGAGGGCGAUGUGUGUGGGUGAUAUUAGCUGUGAUGUGAAUGGGGGGCUUGAGUUUUUGCCGAGGGCGACGACGGUUUCGGAGCCUUGUGUGGAUGUUGGGGUGGAUGUUGGUGGGGGGUUCGGUGCGGGGGUGGGUGCGGGUGCGGGAGGAAAUGGGGGGAUGGGUGGGGGUACGGGAACGACAAAGGCAAAAGUACGAAUGAUGGCAGUGGACAUUCUCCCAGCUACCAUCCCGCUCGACGCGUCGGUGCACUUCUCGCAGGCGUUACUGGGCGCUGGGAGGCUGCGCGAGCUCGUAGCGUUCCAUGCGGGUGUGAAAGGGGAUGUGCCGGGGGUGUUGAGGGGUGCUGUUGUGGCGGAGGGAGGGAGGUUGGGGGAGAGGCAUAGGUGGUUGGGUGCGGGAGUUGAUCGGGCGUGGGAGGGGAUUGCGAGGGAGAGGAGGGGGGUUGGUGGGGAGGGGAAGGAGGUGGCGGUGAAGGUGGAGAAGGGGCAGAGGAAGGAGACGAGGGUGUUGAAGAAGAAGAGGAUGUUGAUUCUUGGUAGUGGCAUGGUUGCUGCCCCCGCUGUCGACAUUGUCGCGCAGAAUCCAGAGAUUGAUUUGGUCGUUGCGGGAGACUCGGCGAUUGAAUUGGAGAGGCUUGUGGGACCGCAUCAGCAUGUUGCGUAUCGGAUUAUCAACGCGGCGGAUAGGAGGACGUAUGCGAAGCUCGUUGCGGAUGCCGAUGUCGUCAUUAGCCUGCUCCCCGUCAACUUCCACGUGCCGAUUGCAGAGGCGUGUUUGGAUGGUAAUACCCAUUUGGUCACCGCGUCGUAUAUGUCGGAUGAGAUGGCAAAGUUGCAUGAGCGCGCCUCCUCCAAAGGCCUCCUCUUCCUAACCGAAACAGGCCUCGACCCAGGCAUCGACCACAUCUCUGCAACAUCCCUCCUCGACAACUUCAAACGCCAGCAAAAGCACAUUCUUUCCUUCACGUCCUUUUGCGGGGGGAUUCCGAUGCCGGAGGAGGCGCGGAGGGUGCCGUUGGGGUAUAAGUUUAGUUGGAGGCCGCAGGGUGUGUUGAGUGCUGCUUUGAAUGGGGCGGUGUAUUUGCUUGCGGGGAAGGUCCACAAUAUCCCGGGCUCCCGCCUCUUAUCAAACUACUGGCCAGACAUCCCCAUCACGCCCUCCUUUAAGCUUGAAGGAUUGCCCAAUAGAGAUAGUCUAGCGUAUCGCAAGCAUUAUAGGCUUAAUACGCCGGAUGUGGGGGGUGGGUUGAGGACUUGUCUUAGGGGGACUUUGAGACAUCCGGGAUUUUCGUCGUUGAUGUCGUCGUUUGCCGCUCUGGGCCUGCUCGAGAAUACAUCGCGCAUCUCAAUCUCAUCAUGGCGCGAGCUCGUACCCGAAUCUUUGAACAUUGUGCGCGAGAGGAGGGGGAGGGAUAUUUCGCUUGCUUCUUUGCUUUCUUAUGGUUCUGCGUCGUCCGGUUAUAAACCGGGCAAGGGCAAGAAAGGAGGAGCAGGAGAGGGAGAAGGAGAGGGAGCAGAGGAGGGAGAGGGAGCAGAGGAGCCGGUUGUGGAUCCGGAGAGGGUGGAUGAGUUGAGAGAUGCGUUGGAGUGGUUGGGGCUUGUUGAGCCUGGGGUUGGCGGUGCGUGCUACGUCCUUCUUGUCUUUCGUCUUUGUCUUCCUUCACCUUCACUUUCAAAACUCAUCUCUAUCUUCAUCCCAGGCCCAGCAACUUCAUCCGGAAAUGGUAAUCCAACCGGGGAACUAAGCCUAAGCGCAGCAGCAAUGCCCCCCGUACCGAAAGGAACCCUCACGCCACUUGACAUGUUCGCUUUCCUGUUGGCGGCCAAGUUGAGGUAUGAGAAGGGGGAAAGGGAUAUGGUUGUGCUGGCGCAUGAGGUUGUUGUGCGGGCUGGGGGUGCGGGUGCGGGUGCGGGUGCGGGUGCGGGUGCGGGUGCGGGUGCGGCGAAUACGAAUACGAGCAACUUGGGUGAUAGCGGAACCGAAACUCAACAACUCCAACAACAACAACAACAACAACAACAACAACCACUAGAAAUACACACGUCGACACUCGUCCACCACGCCGUGCAUGAUUGGCAUAUCGGCGCUCCAGGGUUGAGGCCUGCGAGUGCGAUGGCAAGGACGGUGGGGUUGCCUGUGGCGCUGGCGGGGAUGAUGGUUUUGGGUGUUGGUGGUUUCGGAGGGGGAGGUGGUUUAGGGGGAGGCGGAGGGGGAGGGGCGAAACCACUAUACACGUCCUACAACGGUGUACUUAGACCGACGUAUAAGGGGAUCUACGCACCGCUUUUGGAGAGGUUGAGGGGUGUGGGGAUCGAGAUGGAGGAGAAGGUGCGGGUUGUACCGGUUGAGGGUGGGUCUGGGUCUGGGUCUGGGUCUGGGUCUGGGUCUCGGUCUGGGUCGGAGGAGAUCGUUUUUUAUGGUGGUGGGAAGAGGAAAGGGAAAGGGAAAGGCGGGGCAGUUGGGAUAGGGCUCGUCAGAGGGAGCGUCGAAGCUGCGCUUUGCGGGCUCAACCCCUCCUCCUCCAGCUCGGGUUCGAGCGCGGGAUUGAGCCCGGCGCAGAAAGCGAUGAGGAAUGCGGAGAAGGUGGUGAGGGAGGCGAUGAGGGGGGGGUGGAGGGGGGGUGAGGGGGGUGCUGAGGGGGAAGUUGAGGGUGGGGUUGGGGUUGGGGUUGGGAGGGGGGGAGGGAGGGGGGGAGGGGGAGGGAGGGGGGAUGAAGGGUGGGAUUUUGAGGGGGAGAGGGUUUGGAGGGGGUUGUAG